GGUAGAUGUGGGCCAGUCGAAGUCUGUGGCUCUGCUCUUCGAGAAUGUCUCCAGGCUGUGUUCUCGGCCUGCAAGCAUCGUGGUUAACUGCGUCGGCAUACCGAACCCUAUGACCCCAUUUGUUGACGUGCCGGAAGAGAUGUUUGAUAAUAUCAUCCGAGUAAAUCUGAAGGGCACGUUCCUGAUAACCCAAGCAGCGGCGCGGGCUAUGACUGCAGGCAACGUUCGCGAUGGGGCCAUCGUGAACAUUUCAAGCUUCGUGUCAAAGCUGUGCCCUCCCUACCGCGCCGCAUACGUAGCGUCCAAAGCGGGGUUGGAGGCAUUGACCAAAGUGGCGACAAAGGAGCUCGCCUCGCAGGGCAUCCGUGUCAACAGCGUCCUGCCUGCACUUACGUCCACGCCCAUCUCCAGAGCGAAUAGAAAGCCCGACGAAAAAAACAAGGUGCUGGAGGCCAUUCCUCUAAAGAGAGUCUGCCGCCCAGAAGAGGUGGCUGAAGUCAUCGUAUUCCUCUGUGGCCCCGGAAGCUCUUUUAUGACGGGCGCCGCUGUGGACAUCGCGGGCGGGAUGUAGCUCACGCGCUUCACCGAUGCAUCUUAGAUGACAAUUCUUGCGCCUUUAACCUCCAAACGGGAGCACUUGUAAAUUCACGCAACGUCACCUGGCUGACGUCAUCAUCGCCGCCAGCGUCUCUCAAGGCGUUUCAACACUAUUGAGACGCCCGCAUGCUUCGACGCCAUGACGGAAGCGUCUGCCGAUAGGCAUCGUCCCUCGUCGAGCCUAGCGGGUUUACCGCUUGGAGCGCGUGGGCGAUUCACUGAUAAUCACGUCGUUUGCACGUUUUGUCUUUUAUGGGGUAU